UAAUGAUAGUAAUGAUAAUCAUAAUAAUAAUAAUAGUGGAGCAAUGUCAAGAAUAACAGUUCUGUAUUUCCCUUUUCUUCUUCUUUCCAGAGUAAUGGCACCCCCCGCUGACUCGACUCCGUAGACCGGUCAAAGGAAUAAUAAUUAAAAAAAAAAAACACCCCAAAACAAAAAACAUGGAGAAUCUCGACGACUUCGACAGGGAGAUGGAGGAGAUCGCGCUGGGAAACGGCGUCACGGCACGGAGGCAGCCUCCUCCCCAGGCCUCCUCCGGCAACUGGCUCGAGCACGCGUUCAAUGACAGCGACUGCCUUGUGAACAGCGACGGAUCCGAGUGCCAAAUGAACGCGACCCUCUUGGGAAACAGCUCCACCACGGAUCUCCCGCCUAGCCUCGGGUUUGAUGACAACGCCAUGACGGAUAUCAUCGUGUACUGCGUCCUCUUCAUCGUCGCGGCCAUCGGGAACUUCACCGUGUUCAUCACCCUCUUUCGCAACAGACACAGGAAAUCGCGGGUCAACCUCAUGAUCAUGCACUUAGCGGUCGCCGACCUGAUGGUAACGCUCAUUAACUUCCCUUUAGAAGUCGGCUGGCGGAUCACGACGCAGUGGGUGGCAGGGAAUCUCGCCUGCAAGCUCUUUCAGUUCCUUAGAGCUUUCGGACUUUACCUCUCCUCCCUAGUGCUUGUCUGCAUCAGCCUCGACCGCUACUUCGCCAUUGUCCAUCCGCUCAAGGUGAACGAUGCUCAAAGACGAGGGAAGAUGAUGCUGUCCUUUGCUUGGUCCAUCGCCGCUGUCUGUUCCAUUCCUCAGAGCGUCAUCUUCCACGUCGACAGCCACCCAGUCUUCAAGAAUUUCAAGCAGUGCGUCACUUUCGGCUUCUUUCAAACUCAAGUUGAGGAAAGGACGUACAAUCUAUUCUGUCUGGCUGCGAUGUACUUCAUGCCCCUACUUAUCAUUAUCGUUGUUUAUCUCCGGAUCCUGUGGGAGAUUUCGCAGAAGUCCAAGGAUUCGAAAGACGACCCCAGUGGCGGAGGGCGUCGCGACGGCCGCCUCAGACUUCGCCGCAGCGACAUGACCAACAUCGAAAGGGCGCGCGCGAGGACCUUGCGGAUGACGCUCAUCAUCGUCCUCGCCUUCGUCUGGUGUUGGACGCCCUAUGUGGUCAUCGUCAUGUGGUACAUGUUCGACCGGCAAAGUGCCAUGCAGGUGGACAAGCCGUUGCAAGAUGCCCUCUUCAUCAUGGCCGUGAGCAACAGCUGCGUCAACCCUCUGGUCUACGGCACUUACACCAUCAACUUCCGUAACGAAUUGAACAGAUGUUUCGGAAGGAAGAAAAAGCCUCCAGUUCUCGCGAGGAAGUCCACAGUGCUGGGCAGCCAGGAUCUGAGAGGGCCUAAGGUUCACGCAAGGUUUUCCGUCAGCUUCCCCGACCCGGCUCGUCCAACAGGAUCAACAGCUAUGAGGACUACGGUGACAGCUCAACUCAGCCACUCGAAUGCCCUCAGGAUGUCAACACACACACAGGUGGUGAACCAUGAGGGGCGCAGCGAGUCCUGGCGCAACCCCCUGGGCGGCCCCCGCGAAGCCCCGACGCGAUACACGCCCCCCAAGCAGCAGCUGCCGUCCCCUCCGACGCCGCAGUCGCCCCCGGCCGCCUCCUCGCCCCAGCUGCCCUCCUCCUCCGUCGCCUCCGGCUGCGUCAUGGUGGAGAUCGAGGUGGACGUGAACAAGCCUCGCGCCGCCGACGGGAAGAGGAGCCCCACCAAGGCCAACAACGGCUCGCUCGCCGAGGACAAGAGCGCCGAUCUCUUCCACGCCUUCAAAGGGCACUGCAUGAGCAGCCAGAAGGAGAUGGUGAAGCUCACGGGCUUCACGCAGAGGAGGGGGACGCCGCCCCACGCCCUCACCAAGCACGACUCGGGCAGGAGCACCGACGACCAGGUGUGCCUCGACAGGAAGCUCUCGUCGGACUCGGGGGUGUAUGUGGACUCGCGCCACAAGAGGAACGCCCUGCACGACGGCGCCCCCGGCCAGGCGGCGGCGGACAAGGGCGGCGCCAGGGAGCUCCAUCGAGAGCCCAGUAUUGAGCUCUCGUGCAUCGGGGGCUUCAGCAGCGAAACGUGAGGCCGCCGCCGCCGCAGCUCUUCGGCCUGAAUCAAUUCGCACAAAUGUAGAUACGUUUCCUUACAAAGACUAUACAGUUCAGUUUCAAGAAUUCACACACACACAUACACACACAUAAGUGUAUCAAUGUAUUUAAAUAUAUUGAGAGAG